AUGGGCCAAUACGACAGAAAAGCCCAAUCGCAACGAAAACACGGCCCCAUCCUCAGCAGCAGCACCUCCAAAGCCCCCUCCCGUCCUCCACCAAUCGCAAAACCAGAAUGGCGAGGGAAGUGGCUANCACCAAAAGCAAAGCCAAAACCCCAUCUAGAUGCACCUAAAACCCAGCCUCUUCCUCAAGACCAAUUGUUGCCUGUAGAAUUACAGCAAUUGUGUUUGAAUAUCUUGAAAGAUGCUCUUGGGGAAAAGUUGAUGGAUUUUGAGGAAAUGAAGGGGUUGUUGAGGGAAGUUAACGAGGCUGUUUUGGAAGGAGAGUGGGAGAAGGCGUUGGGGGUAGAGGAGAAGAGGGAGGCGUAUGCUGUGAGGUGGAGUCCGAGUCGGGCACUGGCAUAUGCGAAUGUGUUGGCUUCGUUGUGUGAGCAAAGGCCUGAAGAUGACUGGAUUUCUCGCAUAUCCAAUGCUUCAUCGAGUAACACGGCAAAAGCCAUCUGUUUUGGCGGAGGCGCUGCAGAGAUCAUGGCAUUUGCGGGAUUGCUUCGACAUUUACGACCUACGGCUUCUGGAAAACAGCAGCAAGAGCUUGAUGCUUUGACUUCGGAUUCUGCUCCCGAAAACAUCACUUCAUUACUGGAUGUCACACUCGUUGACUCUGCAGACUGGUCUUCUGUACUCGACAAACUAGUCAAGGCAACAACCACCCCACCACCACUUUCAAAAUACGCAUCCGCAUCUGCCAGAGCAGCAAACACAGCUCUUCUCGCCCCCUCCACCCUCUCCCUCAACUUUGCCCACCACGACAUCUUCACCCUCAAAACGCCCCAAGUCAAAGAAAUGCUCGGAGAACAACCAGUCCUAUGCACUUUCUUCCUAACCCUGGCAAAUCUCUACGACACCUCCAUCCCCAAAACCACAGCUUUCCUCUACAGACUCGAUUCGUUGUUGCCUAGCGGCAGUGUGGUGCUUGUCAUCGAUUCGAUCGGCGCCAGCACUUUUACUCCAAUUCCUGAUUCCGAGGAGGUUACCGAGUAUAGUGUUUCUUGGCUACUAUCUCGCGUGUUACUGGGCAAACCACAAGAACCCGUCAACACGCAAGGAAAAGGCAAANAAGCAAUCGAGGAAGAAGAAGCAAAGAUCCCUGAACAGCGAUGGGAGAGAAUCGUCAAUGAGGAGAUGAAAAUCAAUAGAUUGGAUGAAAAGUUGAGGUACCCGGGAAGUCUGGAGAAUGUAAAGUAUCAGGUUUUGGCGUAUAGGAGGCGGUGA